AUGCAAAUCUUAUCGAUUGAAUUGCCCGUCUUGAAGUCGGGUGAGAAGGCGCUCGAGUGGCCUCAGACGCAGCCAAGCACCGGCACCGAUGCCGUCGCGGCCGAUACGCCGCCGCAGCUGAGUCGCUGGAUCGAGGCGUACCGCGUCAUUCCGCAAGGAGAAGCGUUCUGUCACACUGUCGCCCUCACGACACAGCUGCGGCACGAGGAUGCGCGCAUGCAGAAAGCACAGGCUGACCCUGAUGUGGCGCAGCAGUGGGCCGCGGAAGAGGCCGAUGGCAUUGCCGCUGGCGCAGGCAGCAAUGGUGCAAACAAUGCAGAUGACGAUGAUGGCGCCGGAGACAGUGCCCGUUACCAGUUCUCUUCCCGCAAGAAAAAGUUCGUGAAGCUGACGGACGACGACAUGCUGAUUGACUGGUACGAGGUACUAAAACUAGAGCAGCAGGACGGAGCGACUGACGACCAAAUCAAGGCAGCCUACCGCCGCCGCUGCCUGGAGACGCACCCCGACAAGCAGCAGAACCACUCUGAUGAGCUCUUCAAGCAGGUGCAACGCGCCUUCGACAUCCUUGGCGAUCCAGACACGCGCCAGACCUACGACUCCUCGCGGCCGUUCGACGACGCCAUCCCUGGAGAGCAGGUGGAGGUGGACGCCUUCUUCAGCACCUUCGGCCCGGUCUUUGAACGCAACAAGAAGUGGAGCAGCGUCCCCGCCAUGCCCUCCCUCGGCACAGACAAGACGUCGUACGCCGAGGUGCUCCGCUUCUACGACCGCUGGGCAGGUUUUCAGAGCUGGCGCGACUUCUCACACCUGGCGGACCUGGUCGAGAUUGACGACACCAUGCCCCGCGAGGAGAAGCGCUACUACCAGCGCGAGAACGCGCGCCAUCUGAGCCACUUCCACAAGGAGGAGCAGAAGCGCAUUCGACUUUUGGUCGACCGGGCUCGUAAGAACGACCCACGCCUGCGCCGUCGCCGAGAGGAGGAGGAAGAGAAACGCCUCAAGGAGUUGAGAGAGCGAGAGGCGUUCCGGCUGCAGCUCGCAGCCGAGGAGGAGCGCCGCCGCGCUGAAGAGGUCCGAAAGCGGAAGGAGAGGGAAGAGGCAAAGAUGAAUGCACAGCAGGAGGAGAAGCAGGCGAUGCGUGAGGCACAGACGGCGGUGUUGGACUUUUUUGGACAGCACGGGCUCCUGGACGAGACCCCGACAAACAAGCUCCUCGCAGACUGUGUGCGCCGCCCGAACGUACAGUGGCUCUUUUCCAAGGUCGCCAACGCGACCGAAGCGCAGAAACUGCGCGAUGUCCUACUGGCCUGCCCGGCAGAGCGCCGACCGCGCACGAGCAACUCGCAGACCAAGGAUAUGGAAGGGGACGAGGAGGUGGAGGCCGUCUUACGGUUCAACGCGCUCAUUCAAAAGAUGGAGCAGCACUGCGGUGUGAACCGCUACGGCGAGGCUGUGAAGAAGGUGCAGGACGGCGACGCGACCACGGCGGCAGCGAAGAAAAAAGAGGCCGCAGCGGUGGCAGCAAAGGCACCUGUCGAUGCGGGACCAGAGUGGACGGAGGAGGAUCUGAGUCGGCUGCAGAAGGCGACGGCCAAGUACCCACCUGGCACCGUCGACCGCUGGAUCAAGGUCUGCAACGUUCUCCGUCAUCGCUUUACGGAGGAGCAGGCCAUGGCCAAAGUGAGCGAGCUAACCGCUGCACUGCACAACGCAGGGUCUGGCAACCCCACUGCCCCCGCCGCCUCACCCUCGCAUGUCUCGGCUCCCAGCCCUGCUGUCUCGUCUGUGGAGAACUGGUCUCUGAAGCAGCAGAAGCAGUUGGAGCAGGGCCUGCGUGACUUGAAGGACUACAAGGAGAAGGACAAGUUCCAGAAAAUUGCAAAGAUGGUGGAAAGUAAGACAGCCAAGGAGUGCUUUGAACGUUUCAAGUUCCUCUGCUCCGUAAACAAGAAGAAAUAA